AUGAUAGAUAAUCUCUCUGGAGACGAUGGUGGAGGAGGAGGAGGUGAAUCUUCCCAACAAGUAACAACUAUAAAAUCUAUGGAAAAACCACCAACUCCAAGAAAUGAAACGAAUUUAUGUGGAUUACAAAAUCAAGGAGCGACUUGUUAUUUAAAUGUACUCAUUCAAACAUUACUUUAUACACCUGAAUUCCGAGAACCCCUUUUCCGUCUAACUUCAAAAGAUCUCAAUCUUCCUGCUAAUUACAGCGAACAGAAUCUAUCAUCACCAGGUGCAAAUAAUUUAAAAGUUCGUAAAAUAAUUGUUGAAUUACAACGUCUUUUCGCUGAAAUGCUUUUACUCAAUCAACAAGCGUGUUCAUCAAUUCGGUUAACUGAUAGUUUUGGUUGGCAAUCGAAUGAGGCUAUUGAUCAUCAAGAUGUUCAUGAAUUAAAUCGUUUAUUAUUUGAUGCAGUUCAAAAAUCUUUGCAAGGUACAAAACAAUCGAAUUUAAUACGUUCAUGCUAUGAAGGAUCUACAAUUAAUUAUACACAAUGUAAAAAAUGUGAAAAAAUAUUUAAACGAUCUGAAGAUUAUCAGGAUUUACCAUUGGUUGUUCAAGAUACUCCGAAUUUAUCGACAUCUCUAGCAAAUAUAUUUACAAUAUCUGAACAAUUAAUCGGUGAUAAUCAAUAUCGAUGUUCAUCAUGUUCAAAUAAUUUAUGUGAUGCUGAAAAGUGGGCAAAAAUAAGUAAAUUACCACCAAUAUUAACUUUACCAUUACAACGUUUUGUUUAUGAUAUUAAAACUGGUAAUAGACAAAAGAAAACUACCCGCUAUGAAUUUCCAUUUGAAAUUGACUUACAAGAAUUUUGUGAAGAAUCAGUAGCUGAAACAAAUUAUGAAUUAUUUGCUGUUGUUAUUCAUAAAGGUACAUGUUAUUCCGGACAUUAUUAUGGUUAUAUUAAAGAUAUUGAUAAUAUUGGUACAUGGGUACGUCCACCAUCGAAAUCAACUUCAGUAAAAUCAUCAAGCAAAUCAAAAUCAUCGAAUACGUCUAGUACUCCAUCUAACACUACUAAUGAUCAAACUACUCGAAAUUCUAAUGAAUCUGCUGAAACUAAAGAAGAAACAAUGAAAAAACUUGAUUUAGUUAAAACAUUAUUAUUAUCAUGUGAUGAUUGGGUUACUAUUGAUUAUCUUCUUAAAACAUACCGUGAGAAUACUACAACAUCAUGGAGUCGUACUCGUGGUGCUAAUGGUACAUUUAAUAAAUUUCUUCGAAAUCAUCCUGAAGUAUUUGAAGUUGAUGAUAAACGUGUUCGAUUAGUUCAACAAACAUAUCCAAUGGAUAUCGAUGAUAAUGAUAUAAAUGAAAUGGAUUAUGAAUCAUCUCAAAAUGAUCUUUUAGAAAAUCAUGAUGAACAUUGGUUUUGUUUUGAUGAUUCAAUUGUUUCGUGUGUUACACGAGAAUAUAUUAAAAAACAUUAUGAACAAAAUGAUUGUGCUUAUAUGUUAUUUUAUCGACAAAAAAAUCGUAAUAGAUCAAAAGCAAAUACAUCUUAUGAAACACUUAAUCUAAUACCACAAUGGUUGCGUGAUGAGAUAACAGAAAAAAAUAAAAUUUUAGAAGAAAAACGUGAAAAUUAUGAGAAAUUUCAAAAUCAAUUAUCAGUGACGGUUUAUCCAAGUGAUUGGUUUGAAAUUGUAGAUGGUUGUCGAUUAAAUUUGAAUAAUAAUAAUCAACUUUUAUUUCCUGAUCAUUAUGGAGAACAUAUAUUUGAUAAACGAACAAAAAUAAAUGAAUUUAUUUCUAAACUUGAGGAUCUAUAUGGUACAGGUAGUCAUUUCUAUAUUGCUAAAAAACUUCGAUCUGGUCAAUUACAUAUUAUAAGUGAAUUAACAUGUCCAAGUAAUGAUAAAACUUUAGAUAAAACUGACCUAUCAACAUAUCAUAAUAUUAUCGUAUAUAAAAAUCCAUCAUUAUUACCCGAUACUGUUUUACAAGGUGAAGAAUUUGAACCAAUUAUGCUUAAUAUAGUUUAUGGUUUUCCUGAUGCUAGUCGUCAUGCAUCACGUUUACAACCAACAAAACAUAUAUCAAAAAAUACGACAUUAUUAGAAUUAAAAGAAAUUCUAUGUUAUGAUUAUUUUCAAAAUGAUAAUCCUCAACGAUUGAAACAAAUACGUAUGGGUAAAUUAAAUUUAGAAGAAAAAAAUAAUCGUAAAUCACGUCGAGAAUAUAAACCAGAUGAAGAAAAACAAACAUUAGAACAAUUACAUUUACAAGAUGGUGAUACAUUAGGAAUUGACGAUAAAAAUUCAUUUGUACCGAAUUGGAAAGAUGCAUCAUCAAAUAAUACGAAUUUAGGAAAAAAUCAAUUAUCAUUAACAAUUAAAAAUUGUUUGGAUACUGCUUAUACAAAACCAAUGACUUAUAGUUGUUUCAAUACCACACUCAUUGGAGAAGUUAAAUUAAUGGCUAUUCAAGCAUUUGGUAUAUUAUUAGAAGCUGACAUGUGUCGUCUAUAUGUUGAUGAUAAUCCUGAUUUAGCUCAUAUUCCUUUAUAUGAUCAUCAAAGUGUUGAUACAAUUAAUUUUAAAGACAAUAAUACAAAUUUAUGUUUAAAAUUUGGUCAUGCAUUGAAAGAGAAUGAUCUUCUUCUAUAUAUUUUAUCAGAUCGUGAACCAUGCUCAUUAGAACUUGUUGUUGAUCAAAAUAUAACAUUAACAGAAUUAUGGCUUCAAAUUAAACAUGAACUUAAGAUGGAUUAUAACGAUAAUGAAUACCAUUUAUGUGAAGUAACAUCAUCGUUAGCCGAUGAUGAACAACCACUAAAUGAUUUCGAUCAAACAUUAAGUGCUAAUUCACUUACAAAUGGAGCACAAUUAACAAUGAGACCAGGAAGUGUUGCACCAAAAAAUCAUGUUCGAUUGAAAAUCUUCCGAAUUCUCGAUAAAAUUUAUGAACCAAUGGAAGCUAUUCACAUUGAUCCGAAAUAUAAUACGAUUGAAUUUGGCGAAUAUUUUGAAUUACCGAUUAUAUCUCCAUUUAAUGUUCUUCGUGAACGUAUUGCUCAAUAUAUUGAAUUUAGAGUUCCAUCUAAUUAUGCACGUGAUGUUAAACCAUCAGAAUUUAUUCGUCUUUUUGAUAUGGAAAAUAAUCAACCAGUUUCUAUUAUUCAUGAGCCAAUUCUUACAACUCUCAAACAAGCUAAAGUACAAGAUCUCGAUUCAUAUGCAUUUGAAUUAUUAUCUUAUCCUGAAUCUUUAGCUAAAAGAGAUUUACUUCUCAAUAUAGUCUAUAAUAAAGAUGAUGAUGGAAAUUAUUUUCAACAUCAAUUUGAAGUUCAUUGGCCAUUAAAAGAAAAUAUCAUUGCCAAAUAUGAAUAUCUUGAACAACAUGUUUUAACACGUGUGGCAUCAUAUAUGACAAAUAAUCUUCAUUUUCAAAAAGUUACUAAAGAAAAAUUAAAAAUAACUUUAGCGCGUUAUUUUCCUGAUCGUGCUGAAUGGAUAAUUAUUGAUCCUCGUUCAUCAUCAAAUACAAGUCAACCAACAAAUAAAAAAAAUAAAACAUCAAAUACACCAACAAAAUCGAAUCUUAAACUUGAACCGUAUAAAUUAACUGAUUUAACUGUAAUCGGUGUUCUUGAAGGCGAACAAUUAACAGUUGAAGAUUUUGAUACAAAAUAUGAUAAAAAAAGAAGACGAGAAAUUCAACAAGAAAAAGAACAAAAUAGAUUAAGUCGUGACAAGAAUCGAACAGAUAAUGAUCAUAAUAAAAAGAAUGGAUCUAGUGGACGUCGAAAAUCACCGCAAAAUACAAUGCGAAUUGAUGUUGAUGAUUUUGAUAAUUAA